CACAAUACUAACAUUUUUUGAGAUGCACCUGUACACACAGUAUAUUUACGCAUACCUGCAUGCGUCUGUUAUUUGUAUGAUGUUUUAAAAGAGCUAAAGGAUAAAGUAGUGAGAAAAGAAACAUGAGAGAUAAAUCCAGAGAGUUGUGAGGUGGAGAUUUUCUAUUUGUAAAUCCAAAGAGCAGAUAUGUAAGUGAUCUAUUUUUAUCCAACAACUGGGUCAGAUACAACACAUGACUUUCACGCACACACGCACACACACACACACACACACAAACCAAGUGGGUUUAAAAUGUUAGACUAUAUCCCAUACAGUUUUGUUUUAACCCUGUAGUCUCUUCAUUCAUCUUCAUGAGCUCUGAAAGAGUUUUACAGUGUUCAGUUGUUACAGAUUUUAAAAUAUUAAAUCAUUUAACAGUUAAGUAUGUAAAGGUUAAAAGAUGGUGGAGUGUUGCUACCAUAUCCCUGUUAGAUACUAUGGUGUUGCUAGGUGGUUGCUAGGUGGUUGCGAUCAGUCCAGCACCUCAUUCCCAUAAAGCAGCUACAGUAUGACUCUGCCAAAUUUCAUGGCUCUAUUUUAAAAAUUGUGACCUUUUUGUGAAAUUUUUACACAUUUGAAAAAGAAGAUUACUGAGGGAAAAAAAGUCAAAUAAAGUGCUUACUGAAUGAAUGAAGAUGAUCAACCCAUGAAAUUCUACAUUCUACAUCCAGAGCUUUUUUCACUGAUUUUGGGGAAGCUUAAAGGUGCUGUGUAGAACCGUUUCACAGACUGUUUCCCUGUCAGACAUGGUUCCAGGUUAUGAGUUCCUGUUACUCUAACAGAGGUGCUGAUAUUUAUCAUAUAACCAUGGGAUUUACCAUUUUUGAACUAUUGCUAUGGCAAUACGGGAGACAUCCGAAAGAGGAAAAGCCGGAAAACGCAAAUAAAACACAAAGAAAAGUCGAUUCACUGAAAGGGAAAGGUCACGGGACGUGAAAGAUUCGGAUACGCUAGCAGUUCUUUUCACCUCAUGUCACGUUUAUCUAGGUGAACUUUGACCUGUGAAUUCAUGAGCCUUGGUUUGUGUGUCAAAAGAAAACGAGAAGGCGGGGCUGUGUUGGUGCGUUUGGUCAGUUAAAAAAAUGGAGGAGCUGCUAAUUAUUUAGUAGUGCGACAGCAAAGGUUUGCCUCACUGUUUUUACUGAGAGAAAAAAAAAAUUUGUGGUAAAUUUUUUUGUUUUUUCUUUCUGGGUGCUAGGAUUCCAUCAUUAGCCAAGCUGUCAUGCCUGCUCUUUUAUCUUUUCCGUUUGAACAUGUUAUUCAGGACCCCGGACUCCGUCAUGGCAGCCGACGGGCCUGUACUGGGUGCCACCAGUCCCACGCUGAACCACGAUGACUUCAGCCUCUAUGGCUACAUGUCUGAUGAUGAACUGAUGCAGCUGGCCAUCGAGCGCAGUCUCACUGAGACCCACAACAACUCCACAACGUCUUCAGCUGAAACAACGAAGAGCUCCACUCCACAGCGCAGGACAGAGAUUCCCCGGCCGGGUCAGCGCCCGACACCACGGCCAGAUCCAACCCCCUGUCCUGCAAACCCACCCAGGAAUAAAAAUGAGCAGCAGCCAGUAAUAGUGAGCCACUUCAUCACCGGGAACGGGAAGCGAAUGGUGGCGUAUCGGAGAUAUGACGGGACUCUGAUAGAAGUCAAACCCGAGGCGGAAGAAGAAGUGGAUCCGGUGCUGAAGGCCAUCAGGGACGGAGAUGUUGGAACUUUGAGAAGGCUGAUCAAAAAGGCCGACUGCAACCUUCUGAUGCCGAACGAAUACGGCUGGAUUCCACUUCACGAGGCUGCGCAAUACGGCCAGCACGAGUGUAUUAAAGCGCUCCUGAGAGUCCAACCCGGGAUGAUUAACAAGCGCACUCUGAAGGAUCAGACGGCUCUCCUGCUGGCCGUGUCGAAGGAGAACGAGGAGUGUGUGUUGUGUCUCCUGGAGAAAGGCGCAGAUCCAGACAUCCCCAACAAGGACAAGGAGACGCCGCUGUAUAGAGCGUGUGAGAAGGAAAACCCCGCCAUCGUGGCCAUGCUGCUGAACCACGGCACGGCGGUCAACAAAAACUGUAUCCAAGGCUGGACGGCGCUGCACGAGGCCGUGUGCAAGAACAACGUGGAGAUCUGUGAGAUGUUAGUGAAGGCAGGGGCGAAAAUUAGCACGCCCAACGUGUACGGCAUCACCCCCGUCUUCGUGGCAGCUCAGAGUGGGAACGUAGAUGCGCUCCGCUUCCUCCUGAAAAACGGCGCUGAUAUCAACAGCCAGGCAGCAGAUGGAGCCACGGCGCUUUAUGAAGCCUGUAAGAACGGUCACGUGGAGAUCGUGGAGUUCCUGCUGUCUCAAAAAGCUGACGCCAACAAACCGGGCAAAACCGGACUGCUGCCGAUUCACAUAGCAGCUCAGAGGGGACACAAUCACACCGACCUCUUCACUUUCGGGUCAGAACACAAUACUGACAGGGCGCUUCAGAUUGUGUCGAUGCUCAUCCCUGCCACCAGCAAGGCCCGUGUGAGGCGUAGCGGCAUCAGUCCUCUCCAUGUCGCCGCCGAGCGAAACCGAGACGAGAUCCUCGAGCUGCUCAUCGAGUCCGGCUUCGACGUCAACGCCACGCUGUCCGAGGACCGCAGAAUAAUGUACGAGGACCACCGCAGCACCGCCCUCUACUUCUCCGUAAUCAAUAACAACAUCCAUGCGACCAGCAUGCUACUACAAGCCGGCGCCAACCCCAACCUGGACACGUUCAGCCCACUGCUCGUAGCCCUGAGGCAGGGCUGCAUAAGAACUGUGACCUUAUUGGUGGAACAUGGCGCUAAUGUCAACGCCUACAUCCCCAUGCACCCCACCACCUUCCCCGCCACCGUCAUGUUCUGCAUGAAGUACCUCAUCAUUCUCAAGUACCUGAUGGACAACGGCUGCGACGCGCUGUCGUGUUUUAGCUGCGUGUACGGCAGCGACCCCCACCCGCCUCUGAAAACGACGCCCAGCGAGAGAACACACUACAGAGACGAUCAAACUACGUCACGCAACACCUGUAUACAGUUCUGUGACAUGGUCUCCACGGACACGUACAGCCCCUGGGCAGGACCCAUCAUAGACGUGCUGCUGGAUUACGUAGGUAACGUGAAGCUCUGUUCCCGGCUCGUUGAACACUUGGACAGUUACUCGGAAUGGGCCAACAUCAAGGAGAAAGCAAUGCCCCCGCGGCCCCUCCUGCAGCUCUGCAGGCUGAAGAUCCGGCAGCUGACUGGAAUCCACGGACUGGACAAACUCAAAAAGUUGCCCCUCCCUGGACGACUGAUCAAAUUCCUGAAUCACGAGGAACGCAUGCUAGAUUUAUGAGCCUCGUUCAGAAAACACAGAUAAAGGGACAGAUUUAAAAAAAAAAAAAAAAACUGAAGGAGGAACAGGGCCAUUCCACCGAAUGGGUGCCGUUUGCUUGUUGUAACUCUUACAAAUUAAACUUUUUUCAACACUGAAUCUAAUAACACACAUAUUUAACGA